UAUCCUGGGCCGGAAAUGCGAUCCCCCGAUGCUCCCAUCGGACGGUCGGGAACCACCCUCCCAGAUCGGACGGCUGACGGGGUGCGGCGCGGUGAAAAGCCAGGGUUGCGUCGCGCCCAUCCACGGGGGAAAAGCAGAGGAGGACGGCUCGGCUGGAUUCCAUCUCCCCACUCGGCCACCCCCCACCCCACCCCACCGCCGCGGGAUCCACUGCGCUGCGGCGAGGACGACGGCGAGGCGAUCCCGGCCCUGUGCACCAGGGGCGUGAUGGCUGACCAUGACCCAGAGUUGGAGGCCAUCAGGCAGAGGCGAAUGCAAGAGCUAAUGGGACAGCGUGGUGGUGCGGCAAGCCCACAAAAUGCAGGGCAACAAAAGGCUCAGGAAGAUGCAAAGCUGGAAGCUGAGGAACGCCGGCAGAUGAUGCUUGCUCAGAUACUGUCUUCUGAAGCUAGAGAAAGAAUCUCCCGCAUAGCUUUGGUCAAGCCUGAUAAAGCAAGAGGAGUGGAGGAUGUUCUGCUGAGAGCUGCACAAACUGGUGGAAUAUCUGAAAAGGUGUCUGAAGAAAGGCUUAUCUCACUUCUGGAGCAAAUCAACACCCACACAAGCAAACAAACCAAAGUGACGAUUCAGAGGCGUCGCUUUGACGACGAUGACUAGUUGGUAAGCUUGAUGUACUAGCGAAUGGGUGCAGCGGCGUCUGUUGCUUGAUUCAACAACCGUCAAAACCUGACAAACUAUUUGAUUGGUCUUGGGUUGUAUAUGAUCUGGAUAUUAUUUGGUGGGGUUUUUCAUUGAUAACUGUUGGAUGCGUCACUUCUACCCCUGAAACUCUUUGCGAAACCUUUGAGUUGUUGUGGUCGAUUUAUCAAGUUCUAUCAGAUAAUGUUAGUCUGUAUGAGUUCCUCCGGUGCAAUGUGAUGUCUGUCUCAGCUUGCUCCUGAGUUAUUCA